AUGUAUGCUUCAUCAGCCAGUAAUGUAAAGAUUGAUGGACUGGAGGAGAAGCUGGCACGUUGCAGACAGAGCAUGGAGGAGGUGGAUCUUAAACUGCGCAGGGAGAAGCUCAGCCCUGAAGGAAGAAAGUCACUGGAGAGAGAGAGAAACUUGCUAAUGACCAAAGCUGACAACUAUGAGAAAGAACUGAGUGUGCUUCGUAAGGAAAAUCGCAAGAAUGCUGCCCUUGCUGUGGCCAUGGGGUUGCUGAUUGCUCUUAUUUACGCCUGCUGGACGAUGUGAUUGCACUCAAGAAUUCUCCCUGCUGACCAAAUGACUCCCCUGCAAGGAGCUCUUCCUCCUCUCACCCCUGUGCCUCUGCCAAGGGUGAGGAUCAGCAUUUCAAAUUGCUGUUCUUGUUUAUCCUCUCCAAGCCUCAUUGUAGGGAAGCUUUUUCUCUGAGAAUUGAGGGGGACAGGAGACAAACCAGAAAUCACAGCACACUUGCAGUUGGAAAUUGGAUCAAGCAGAGCUCAAGGUGGUGCUGUCUUACCCAAAACACAGUCAAGACCAUCCAGCCUGAUGCAGGAAGGCAAUAUGGUCUCCCUUUUGAAGAGGACCUCUGUGGUUGCAGACAAGUGCUCUCUGCCCAGCCCAGUCGGAAUAUAUGCCACCUUCUUGGUUCCUGUGACUCAGCCAUAAGCUGAAGGGACACCAAGCUCUUUGAAUCAAAGGGUAACUUUGGUAUUGUGACCUAAAGACUCCAUGUCUGAGCUAAACAAAGGUGUUUCCUCCUCCACGCUUACAGGACCAAAGGAAUCCUACCUCCACAAAAACAG